AGUUAAAAUUAAUAGUUCAGUGCAUUGCUACAAAUAAAUAACUCGAAAAUAUUUUUUAAGAACUAUUAUGUUCAGUGUUUGUCAAAUUUGAAGUGUAUUGUAUCGUAAGGGAGGGUAACGUAAGGUACAUCAUACUGUGGAAAAACGUCAUGACCUCUUUCAGUUUUCAAUCUAUACCACUGGCUCAUCUGUUGGACAUGUCUUAUCAGCUAAGAACCAAUCGCAUUUUGCAGUAUUAUUCUCCCCUCUUACUCAAACCAUUAUGUCAACAGUGCUGGUCAUUUAUCAAUCUAAAUUUGCUAGGGGAUUUCUACAGUCCCUGACCAGUUUUCCAAUUUCUAAUUCCUAAACCUGUGCCUAGGUUUCAACUAAGAAAAGCUUAUUUUAAAUCGGUGUAGCCGAAACUGUGGCCCCUUAUCACGGCACUAGUCUAGCUGCAGUCUACCAGACCCACACACGGUCGAGAAGGUACUUUCUUGCAAAUUUCGAUAACAUGGCAGCUCUUUUGUUACUCUUUCUGACUUCACUUAUGGUGGACAAGGCUUUGCUGACCUCUCAGUUUUCCCUUGAAAAGCAAGGCCUGAUCCUCUUCUAUUCAGGACAGAGAAAGCUACAUAUUCGUCCACUGCUCCAAAUCCAUUCAGACCACUUGAGAAGCAGCGUAGACAGACCCCCAGGUCUACCACACCUGGUGUGGUACCGCCCCUCACCUGUUGGGCCACGCCCGAGACAGUCACAUAGUCAUCAUAGGUUACGGAGAGCACUUACUGGGGCUCAGCUCACUCAUUUAGAGCUGCUGGUGGUGGUUGGCCCUGAUGUCUACAAGGUUCACAAACAGGACACCGAGAGAUACAUCCUCACCAAUCUGAACAUUGCUUCAGAGCUGUUAAGAGACGUCACCCUGGGAGCGAACAUGAGAGUUCACCUCGUCCGCAUGAUCAUUCUUACUGAGCCGGAGCCAGAGAUUCACAUCUCUGACAACAUUACCUCCUCUCUAAGGAGUGUUUGUGAGUGGGGUCAUAAGGUCAACCCCCCAACUGAUAUCAACCCACUGCAUGCAGAUUUACUACUGUAUAUUACAAGGUUUGAUCUGGUACUGCCCAGUGGAAAUAAACUGGUGAGGGGUGUGACCCAGUUGGGCGGAGUCUGUUCUAGCCAAUGGAACUGUGUAAUUACAGAAGAUACAGGUUUUGACCUUGGAAUCACCAUUGCACAUGAGAUUGGACACAGUUUUGGCAUAAAUCACGAUGGCAUUGGUAACACCUGCAGCAGUGGUGGGUUUAUAAUGGCAUCCGAUGGCGGUUACAACAGUGUGGAUCUCACAUGGUCCCAGUGCAGCAAAGCCCAGCUCCUUAACUUCUACAGUGCAGGUAAGGCCGAAUGUGUGAAGAAUGUUCCGGAGCUGGGAGGCUCGCUGCAGGGGUGGAAGCCAGGCCUGUAUUACGGCGUGGAUGAUCAGUGUCGCAUCGCGUUUGGCAGCACAGCCACUGCCUGCUCUUUUGCUAGCAACGACAUGGCAACCUGUCGUGCCCUGUCUUGCCAUAUCAUCCCUGGCGACGGCAGCUCAUGCACCCGACUGCUUGUGCCGCUACUGGACGGUACCGAGUGUGGGCCGAACCAGUGGUGCUUGAAGGGCCAAUGUGUGUCUCCAUCCAAGCUGAGCUCCUCUAUGGUGGUCCAUGGCUCCUGGUCAGCCUGGUCCACCUUCUCCCCCUGCUCACGUACCUGUGGAGGCGGGGUCACUUUCCGUAAGAGAGCGUGCAACAACCCCAGGCCAGCGUUUGGAGGGAGAGAGUGUGUCGGAGAGGACACCGAGGCUGAACUUUGUCAUCGACAGUCAUGCAAGUCCAACCAGCUUGAGUUCAUGGCCCAGCAGUGCUCAGAUACAGACCACCAAUCCCUCUCAGUCUCUCCCUAUUCAGCCUCUGUCUACUCCUGGAUACCUGCAAUUGGUUUCACUUCAGGUGAUGCUCAGUGUAAGCUGACAUGUCGCUCCAGUCAGGAGGACUUCUUGGUGAGCCGCGGGGCCCAGUUUGUUGAUGGGACGCGGUGCGAACCCGACAACCCUGUACCUGCCGGCUCAGUGACUGCUUGCCUCAGUGGAAAGUGCCAGCUGUUUGGUUGUGAUGGAGUGUUGAACUCUGGGAAGAUGGAGGAUGUGUGUGGCGUUUGUGGUGGAAAUGGCUCCACCUGCCAACAUAUCUCUGGGACCUACACAGGUGGAGACACCAAAGAGUAUGUGACUUUCCUCGUACUGCCGGUGAAUGCCUCUCGGGUUCGUGUGACUAACUGGAACCCACUUUUCACACAUCUGGCGGUGCUGGUAAAUGAUGAAUAUGUGGUGGCUGGAAAUGGGGACAUGGCACUAAACACCACGCAGCCCUCGCCGCUGGAAGAAAGUCGUGUGAUUUACCGCCUCUACCUCACGUCCGAGCUCCUGCCUCACCAAGAGGACCUCACCCUGUCAGGACCAAUCACAGACAAGAUCCACAUACGGGUAUAUAUAAAAUAUGGGAAGGAGUAUGGAGACAUCACAAGUCCAAACAUUACCUAUGAGUAUUAUGUGCCUGAGAGCAUUCCAUUGGAAGAAGUCAUCAAGGGCCAGUGGGCCAAUGUCAUAUCACCCUGUUCUGUUACCUGUGGCUCAGGGGUCCAGUGGGUUAGUCAGGUGUGUGUCGAUGUGGGGACACAGGAGCACCUGGAGGAGCAGCUCUGUGGUUCAGCUCCUCCAAGCCCAAGGGUUCCACAGCCCUGCUGGCUGCCUGAUUGCCCAGCCAGCUGGGUGGUCGGUGAGUUUGGUUCCUGCAGCGCCCCCUGUGGUGUGGGGGAGCGGGUGCGCUCUGUGACCUGCAUGCAGAAGCAGGGGGCAGAAACGAUGCUGCUGCAGGAUUUCGAUUGCCCUCAAGUGACUAAACCUCCAGUAACAGAGGCCUGCAACACCCAGCUUUGUCCUGCGAGGUGGCGAGUCUCGGAGCCCGAGGAGUGUUCUGCAGUGUGUGGGCCAGGUGAGGCCCGCAGAACAGUAUCUUGCAUUCGCUUCCACCGUGGAGCCAAUACCAAGGUCGACAACGCCCUCUGCCCCCAACCCAGCCCGCCUGAGUAUGUGCGCUGUGUGGUGGAUGUAUGCCCUAUAGGCUGGGAGACACACGGAGAGGCUCAGAAGAACCAUGGCCUGUUACUUCCUCUAAUGCCCCGAUCUAAAGCGGAUUCAGUGUAUGUGUGGAGUCCUGUGAUUGGCCACUGCACUAAGACUUGUGGGAAUGGCACACAGCAGAUAUGGUUCUCAUGUGUGGAUCACCAGUCACGUUUGGAUGUCCCAGAGUUCCUCUGUGACCGCUUCAGCAAGCCUGAGCCAUAUACGCAGCGCUGUGCCCAAUCACCAUGCCCUGUUAUGUGGCGAUAUAUGCAGGGUGGGUGCAGUGUGUCUUGUGGAGGUGGUGUAGCAAGGAGGGUGCUCUACUGCGCUCAGCAGGCUGCAGAGGGAGAGGGGACCAGGGAGGUGGUGCUAGCCGACUCUGACUGUCUGGCUGCACCGAGGCCUCUGGAGGUGGUGGUGUGUAACACUGACGCCUGUCCUACAAGGUGGCAGGUGGGAGAUCAAUCUCCCUGUUCGGUGUCUUGCGGUCUGGGCGUGGCGACGAGGAGGGUCUGGUGUGUGCGCUUCGAUGGCAGGGAGGAGCGAGAGGUUGGGGGGGAGAGUUGCGAGGCAACUAGGAAGCCUCCUCUCAGGGUACCCUGCUUCACUCAGGCCUGCUCCUUCUACUGGGCUGUAGAGGAGUGGAACGAGUGUUCGAUGUCAUGUGGCUAUGGGAUCCAGUCUCGAACAGUCUCAUGCCUUGGCCCGUCCAGCCUGCUACCUGUCAGCCUUCUCCUAUGUGCCCACCUUCCCAAACCCAUCACCAUCCAGGCUUGCCAUCGCUCCGAGUGCUCCUUAUCCUCCAGUCCCACCCAGGGGCCGGGCCACCCUCCUACCCAGGCACCGGCACCGGCACCCUGGAGCAAGCAGAAGAGGAGGCUCCUGGAUCUGGGAAAGAAGGCCGCAUUGGCACCUGCUGAAAGAACUGAGAUGAGUGGAAGGAUUGGUGGUGUUUUACCCACAGAGCCACAUACAGCAACAGUGGUGGAAAGCACCACGGCGCCACCAACACAGCCCUCCUUGAGCAGUUUGUGUGGGGAACUCUUCCUCAAGGAUGUGGGAACCAUUGACCUACGGAACGUCACGGAGAGAAGAUGUUUCAUUGCUAUUGGACGUCCUCUUGAUGAGGUCAUCCAAAUCAAAAUCAAGUCAAGCUCUCUUAACUGCAGGCACAAGGAGAGUCUUGCCCUUUAUGAAAGGCUAUCUUUGAGGCGAUUUUGUGAAAAAGUGGCAGGAAAGUUGGUGACAUCUCGCUCUAACGUCCUAUUGGUGCGGCAAAGCCGCCUCACGCCUGGCAGCGGAGUGGUGCUGUCCUAUCAGAGCACAAAGAAUCCGAAAGAAAGCCAUCGCGAAGAUUGUGACGUUCAGCUGUUCUCUCCAUCGGGUCUGAUUGAGAACUCGGUCAGGAGUUCGGCAUCCUCGUCCAAUUCCAGUACUCAGUCUUGUCGAGUGUUCAUUGAUGCUCCGCCUGCCCUGAGAAUACAGAUCAGAGCCCUGUCUGUGCUCAAUACAACCUCUCCAGACUCCACAUACGUGCUGAUUCGGGAUGUGGAUGCUGUGAAAACCAAAGUCUUCAGAGGGACACAGCUCUUCUUGUGGAUGUCCACAGGGAGUAGGGCAGAAGUAGAAUUCCAGGGCGAAUACAAGCACAUGAAAGGAUCAUUCAGGGCGGAAUAUUUCUAUGUUAAGCCUGGGGAACCUAAAUUAAUUUAGCCUCAGCCGUUUAAAGGAAUAGACUGCUUCACUAAAAUGCUAGCAAUAAGCGAGUGCAUGCCAAGAUGAGCAUAAAUACAUAAACAAAAUCUUAUUCUCAUUAUCCCAUAAUGCUCAUAAUCCAAAUUACCCCUGAUAAUUCGUUAUUAGCAAAGAUGGGUGAAAUUCCUUACAAUUAUUAUUUUUUGUAUUUACAUGAAAUCUGAACUUAUUUUCCUUUCGCAUCUUGUAAAUACAAGUUUGUAGAUCCCACAGCUGAUAUGUACUGUAACCACAAGUAUAUUUAUCUGAAAUACAAACAAUAGAUAUACUCACA